AUGAAAGAGAGAUCAUCAGUUCUUGUGGUGCUAAGUUUGAUCAUUGUUUUGAAUGUGCAGAGCAGCUACGUCGGUGCUGAGACUAGCAAGGUUCAUAUAGUGUAUUUGGGUGAGAAGCAGCAUGAAGAUCCUGAGUUUGUUACAGAAUCUCAUCACCAGAUGCUGUCGUCACUUCUUGGAAGUAAAGAGGAUGCCCAUGAUUCAAUGGUGUAUAGUUACCGCCAAGGCUUUUCAGGCUUUGCGGCCAAGCUUACUGAGUCACAAGCCAAGAACAUCGCUGAUUUACCUGGUGUUGUUCAUGUCAUACCGGAUAGUUUAUACGAGCUCGCGACAACUCGGACUUGGGACUACUUAGGUCUUUCUGCUUCCAAUCCGAAGAAUCUCCUUGAUGAUGUGAACAUGGGGGACCAAGUUAUCAUCGGCUUCAUUGACACAGGAGUGUGGCCAGAGUCUGAAUCAUUUAAUGACAAUGGGGUUGGACCAAUACCAAGUCAAUGGAGAGGAGGAUGUGAAUCAGGAGAAAACUUCAUUUCAACCAAUUGCAACAGAAAGCUCAUAGGAGCCAAGUACUUUAUGAAUGGGUUUCUUGCUGAAAGCCAAGGAUUCAACUCGACCGAUUCACGUGACUACAUCUCUGCCAGAGACUAUCUUGGCCAUGGCACUCACGUCGCCUCUAUUGCAGGUGGUUCAUUUGUUCCUAACAUAAGCUACAAGGGACUUGCUGGAGGAACUGUGAGAGGUGGAGCACCACGUGCUCGCAUAGCAAUAUACAAGGCUUGUUGGUAUAUGGAUCAGCUACAAGAUAUAACUUGUUCAUCUUCGGACAUCUUGAAAGCAAUGGAUGAAGCUAUACACGAUGGUGUUCAUGUUUUGUCACUCUCUCUUGGCGCUCAAGUUCCUCUGUAUCCUGAAACUGAUCUACGUGAUAGGAUUUCUAUUGGAGCGUUCCAUGCAGUCGCAAAGGGUAUUGUAGUUGUUUGUGCGGGUGGUAAUGCUGGCCCAGCGGCUCAGACCGUGGUAAACACAGCUCCUUGGAUUUUAACAGUGGCUGCAACCACUCUAGAUCGGUCCUUUCCCACACCUGUUACACUUGGGAACAACAAAACGAUACUGGGUCAGGCACUGUACACAGGUCCAGAACUGGGCUUCACUAGUUUGGUUUACCCAGAGGAUCCAGGGAACAGCAUUGAGACCUUUAGCGGUGUCUGUGAGCGCCUUAAUCUCAACCCAAACCGUACAAUGGCAGGGAAAGUUGUGUUGUGUUUUACAACAGAAACACUUCACGCUGCUGUAUCAAGAGCUGCCUCUUCUGUGAAGGCAGCUGGUGGUCUUGGCGUGAUCAUCGCAAGAAAUCCUGGUUACAAUCUUACUCCAUGUAGAGAUGAUUUCCCAUGUGUAGCCAUUGAUUACGAGCUCGGGACCGAUAUACUUCUCUACAUACGCUCCACCAGAUCACCUGUUGUAAAGAUACAACCUUCUAGAACGCUCCUAGGACAACCUAUAGGGACAAAGGUGGCAACUUUCUCAUCAAGAGGACCUAACUCGAUUGCCCCAGCGAUUCUCAAACCUGACAUAGGGGCACCGGGAGUGAGCAUAUUAGCUGCUACAUCUCCCGAUUCCAAUCAAAGUUCUGGCGGAUUUGAUAUUCUUGCAGGAACAUCGAUGGCGGCUCCAGUUAUUUCAGGAGUAGUUGCCCUUCUUAAAGCUUUGCAUCCUACCUGGUCACCUGCUGCCUUUAGAUCAGCUAUUGUCACUACAGCUUGGCGAACAGAUCCAUUCGGUGAGCAGAUUUUUGCGGAAGGGUCAUCUCGCAAAGUAGCUGAUCCGUUUGAUUACGGUGGAGGCCUCGUGAACCCAGAGAAAGCUGCAGAACCAGGUCUCGUAUACGACAUGGGCCCACAAGACUACAUUCUCUACUUAUGCUCUGCCGGUUACAAUGACUCAUCUAUCUCUCAGCUUGUCGGUAAUGUAACAGUUUGUUCAAAUCCCAAACCUUCUAUUCUUGAUGUCAACUUGCCUUCGAUCACCAUUCCAAACCUCAAAGACGAAGUCAAUCUCACCAGAACCGUCAGUAACGUUGGACCGGUUGAUUCGGUCUAUAAAGUCAUGGUCGAGCCUCCGCUUGGGGUUCAAGUGGUUGUGACGCCGGAGUCACUAGUGUUCAACUCCACAACCAAACGUGUCUCCUAUAUGGUUCGAGUCACGACCACACACAAAAUCAACACUGGCUUCUACUUUGGAAGCUUGAUUUGGACCGACUCUGUGCAUAACGUGACUAUUGCCGUGUCUGUUAGAACACAGAUUCUGCAAAACUAUUAUGACGAAAACUGA